AUGCAACAAUUCCGACCUCUCCCCGUGAACCUCAUUUUCUCGGACUCGACCGCAUCAUCACUAAAUCACGGAGGCUACUAUAAAUCCGAGGAGUUUUUGACCUCCUGCGGUUCAGGAUUACCGGAGACGCCGACGACGGCUGUCCCGUUACCUCUACACAGGAGAGCGAGGUCGGAUAGUGUGAAUAGCCUGACCGGUGGUGGGCAUAAUGUGUACAGUAACUCGAGCGAUGUGGAUGUAUCCCUUGCCGAUGAAGUGGAUGAUGCGAAAGGAAAAGGGAAACAAAUAUUGAGAGGCCAUGCAAAUUUCGGGUCUAUCAACACUAUUGUGACCACAGGAACUAUAGAGACAGCUAUUGCUUCUGGAUCUGGACAUUCCCAUUUAACGACGUCUUCUGGAGUGUCCUCCGACUCCCAACAAGCCCUCCUCCUCGCUGCUCAGCUCCAAUCGGCGUUAUACCCACCUCCGCCAGAAGACCCGCUAGACAUGGUGCAUCGCGCGAGGGAGGCUGUCGAGCGGGUAAACGUCAGGUUGAAUUUAGGUUCAAUGGGAGGCGGAAGAGAAGAAAAUACAUCUGCGAUGGCGGAUCUGGAUACGCUUAUUGAGGAUGUGGUUGCAAGUGUGAGGGGGCUGUUGUAUGUCUGUGGCGCCGGGCCGAGCACAACGGGUGGAAGUGCAGGUGGGUCAAGAGAAAAUGGGGUUAUUGCAGCUGGGGGAGGAGGUGGAUUGGAAGCUCUGGUUCCGAAAAUCAUGGUUGAAAUACUUGCCGCUACCGUUGCCUUGACGCUUCCGCCGCCUCCCCUUACGCAUCCACACUCGCACCGACUCCCGUUCUCAAUCCAACCCGUUAAAACCCUCCCGGCGCAGGUGUUGUCUGCGCGAGCGAUAAGGUACGAUUCCGCAAACGUCAGUCCGGAAAGCACGAUUGAGCGCAUCCGGGGAGACGCAAUGGAGCUUGGACGAGCGAUCGGUGCGUUUGGAGUGGAGGUGCAGAAGGUGUUGGAUAAGUUGGAUAGGUUAAACGAGGACGAAUUAUACAUCAACUUGAAUCUCACUUCCAACAUCGACCUCGCCCCGAUGGUCCUCAAACUGAACCUAAACCCGACCCUGCUUUCCCUCGGCAAAAAACGUCUCACAGUUGCAUUCGAACCGACAAAUUCAGGGUUGGGGAUGCCGACCCCUCAGAUUUCUCAGAGUUCUCGGAACGCGAAAGCGAAGGAGAAGUUGAGGCAAUGGACGAGUAGGAAGAGGAAUAUUGUUCAGUUUCGCGUCAUAAAUACAUUCAAACCAAUGCUCACCGACGAAGACAUCCUCGAAAAAGAAUGA